AUCUCUGUGCUUAUGAUGACAUAUUCAGUGUUUAGAGUAAGAGUAGGGCAAAAGCUUCAUGGGAGGAGCCUGCUCCUGCCCAUAAACUUUGUCUUUCUGUCUUCUGAACAAUCACUUUCCUCCUUCUCAUCUCAGCCAGAGACAGAACAUCUUAGAAAUAUGCUUGAUACCUGGAUUUUAUUGUUUCCCCUCCUGUUAGCUGCAGGGGCGAAGGCAUUCAUGAUCCACAACACCCAGCACAGUCUGUGUCUGGAGGACUCAGCAGCUACAGGUGAAGUCCUGCUGAAGAAGUGCCACCUGGACUCAGAGUCUCAACAGUGGAUCUGGAUUGAUCAGGGCAUGCUGAAGUGUGUUGCAUCAUCCAGAUGUUUGUCAGCCAUGCAGACAGAGCCUCUCCGGACCCAGGCUUGCCAGGGGCCAAAGGUGGAUGCUGCAAGGUUGAUGUGGGAUUGUGACAGGGACAGACUGAUCAGUAGGAACACAUCAAUGCUGCUGUCAAUAGAUGGCCGACAUCUGAUUCUUACACAUGACAGCAAACUCUCUAAGUGGAGGUCUCUGGAUAAGGGUGACAUCUGCCAGGAAAAACUCAGUAAGUCAGUGAGGAUUACAGGUUACAUUAUUACAGUACAAUUUGUGGAGGCAGGCACUGAAAGUUGUUUGGAUCAGCUACACAAAUAUAAAUGUUUAAUCUUUUGUUAAUAUAGACAUGCUACACAUCGUUAGGUCAGUUAGAUUCUCCAAUUCAAUUCAAUUCUAAUCGGAAGGUUGUUGGUUCGAUC